GUACUAGUUAAUGGGUCGCGUUUAUUUAUUUAGGUAUUUAUGAGCUAUCUGUGCUAGUUAGGGAGACGUGUAGGCCUUUAAAGAUCAGUACAGUUGACCUUAUAUAAUAAAGCAGGGAAUUACGCGCUCUUAAACCAUUUUACAGUGUUUGGGAUGGUGUUCGAAGUUUAUACUUAAACGCUGGUGACGGAACUCCAGAGGAGUUGAGUUAGCCAGCGCUAGCGGUCGCUAGCAUUAGGACAGCUGAUAGAUAUCACGAGUUGGGAUGUCUGAGUUGUGAGCUGGUAGCGAGGAGAUACCGAGACAAACGAGCGUGUAGAUAUACUAAAGUCCAGCCACGUAGGAGACACUACCGGCUGUGGGCUGGGAGGGUCCAUGCUAACGCCAGCUGAGUAGAGGCAGAGCUCCUCUCUGGUGUAGGGGACUGUGAUGGUGGAAUGACUGCCUGAGUGAUCGUCACCUUUCACCAUGAGUGCCGGCCUCCUCGUGACCCUGCUGAGCCUGCUGGGGUGUCUCCCGUGUCUGCACACACACCUCAGCACCUCAGAUAGCAUCGUGGGCAACAUGACUAUGUCUGACCCAGAGGACUGCGACAUUGUAAAGUGUCCUGUGAAAGCGUGUACCCGAGCUUUCUUCUCUGAAGAGAAAUCCUUGUGUGUUUUCCUACACUGCCCUAAUAAUGCCUCAUGUGAACAUCUGCUCGUAAACACAGGAACAAGAGUAGCUAGACAGGAUAGCCAUGGUGAGGAGGGGGUGGUUCCAGCUACACCUGACUCUUCUCCAUCUCCUGCUGCAUCUGACCUGCCUCCUGGCUCGGCCAGAGCAGCACAACAACACCCUCCUCCAUCCAACGCUAGCUCUGCGUCCCAGAGGCCAGAACAAACUAACAGUACCCACAACUCCUCAGUGGACGGGGUUGGAGUCCCAAAAAAGAACAGCUCUACCAAACCUGAGACCACUUCCUCAGCCAGUUCACAGGUCUCUGCGGACAGGGCAAGAGGGAACAAAUCCACCCCUACGUCUGCCCCAGCUGUGCCACAUACUACUCUAUCCACAGCUAAUGCCACAAGACCCACCACCAUCACCACGACAACUAAUGCCACGACAACUAAUGCCACAACAGUCAUCACCAUAACCAUGACAACUAAUGCCAUGACUACUACCACACCACCACUGAUGAGCACACUUAAAGUUACAUCACACCCAACCGCUCGUACUACCACGGUAGCGCCCCAACCGCCAACCCCAGCGACUUCCAUCACCUCCCGACUGCCAACCAUUCCUGCGACUGCUCCUAGCACCUCCCUUCUGUCACCACUAACCCGCUCCACCCAGCCUGCCCCUCCUGAAGGGAACACAGAUCCUCCACCCCCCCCAGCCAAAGUCCCACAGCCCCCAUCUGGAAAGCGGCCUGGUGUGCAGGGCGCCGGUGCCGGCGGGCGGGUCGGGAUCGGCAUCGGCCACACGGUGCUGGAAGCUACCGGCGAUUCGCUGACCAUCGACAUGGUGAACACCAGCUCCCUGAUGGCUGUGCUGAUGUUUGGCCUGUUCUUCUUCGUUGUCACAGUCAUCGUCUUCCUCAGACAGGCCUAUGAGAGCUUCCGGAGGAAGGACUACACGCAGGUGGACUAUCUAAUCAACGGCAUGUACUCCGACUCAGGGGUCUGAGUGUUUACAGUUCAACAGUAACAUUUGCCAGUUUUUGAUUGAUCUUUUUUGCUCCUGGAUGAGCCUGACUCGGCGGCGAUGUAAAUCUGUUCACCACAGCCCUGUGUCUCCACCUCCAAGUUUCUCCCUGGGCGACCCAUGCACAGAUCUCUGGGUUUGCUGGGACCAGCUCAGUGGUGGUUUCCUGACUGUACAGCCUCGUGAUCAGGUCCUUACAAUAAGGGUUACUUUUCCCCCUUUAUGCAGACGAACCUUCCAUUUAAUACUCCACAUGAGAUGUAAGCCUUAUUUUUUUUAACCCUUGGCCCUCUUUCAGUAAAUGAUUUAAUGGUGCAAUAUUUGUCUUCACUUCUUUGUUUUCCAAUAAUAUUCAAUGUUUCAUGCUUUUUCUAUUACAUCAAGCUGACUGUGGAUGCCUUUAAUUUUGGUAGCUUUGUGGGUUUGGGUUUGUGUUUUUUGUUGUUUUUUUUUUUUUUUCAACUCUUUGGGUUGGGAAUGGAUGCCAAAAUGGUGACUGUGACACUGAAGCACAUUAAUGAAAAACCAAGGAAUUCUUUAGCCAUUCUGAACUUGAUUUCAGGACUGAGGGAAGCUUUUGCUCUGCGUCUGAGAGCUGGGGAAGACGGACCUCACACGUGCCAACGUAAAUCUGUAUCCUACUACAGCACUAGAGAAGGCAAAAAAGUUACUUUGCGAAGGAAUAAACAUGAACAAAGAAUGAA